UAUGAAUAGAUUUAAAUCCAAAUAUAAAUUACCCCCAAAGUUAAAAACACAAACAAUAGAUCCUCGUGUUUCAUAUUAUGAAGUCAAAUUAUAGGAGCUAAGUUCAGAACCUUCAUAAAAAUAGAAAGUUUAGUAAAGUACAUCACUAACUCAUGAAGGUUUUGUUCGUCAACGGAAAACCAUAAGUGAUUACAAUAAACUUCCAACACCUCUACCUAAAAUCUAAACAGCUCGAAAAUAUAAUGAAGAAUAUAGAAAUAUAUUUAGUUAAAGAAAUCUAACUAGACUAGUUGGUGGACUAUAAUAAUUGUUGUGA